ACCAGACUGACCUCCUCUUUUCUGCGCUUGUGCCUUCCGUAGUCAAUUGCCUCUCUGAGACCACAAUCGAUUACAUUGUCAACAUCAGCGCUAGCUAGACAUCAAAAUGAAGGGUAUACAGAUCAAAGAAUAUGUUGAGGGUCCCAACGACCUCAAAGUCAUUGAUCUCCCAACACCCACCCCAAAACCCAACGAGUACUUAAUCGCCAUCCAUGCCACGGCAGCGAACUUCUUCGAUAUACUACAAAUUCGCGGAAAAUACCAAACCCAGCCACCAUUCCCUUGGGUAGCUGGAAUGGAGUUUUCUGGAGUAGUUCUAAAGGCACCAACAGCUUUGCCCGGUGGCAAGACGCCAGCAUUCAAGGAAGGCGACAAAGUGUUUGGCGGAAACCAGGGCGCAUAUGCCACACAUAUCACAUGUACAGAGGAGAUGUUGAAGCCUCUGCCCGAAGGAUGGAGUUAUGAGGAUGCGGCCGGCAUGUUUGUUACAGGACCAACGAGUUAUGGUGGGUUGGUAGUCAGGGCCGGCGUCAAAGAAGGCGACUGGGUACUCGUGCAUGCAGCAGCAGGCGGUGUCGGACUAGCUGCCGUUCAAAUUGCCAAGGCCUUCGGCGCAACUGUCAUCGCAACAGCUGGUACCGCCCACAAACUUGAUGUGGCCCGCUCGUUUGGUGCAGACUACGCUGUCAACUACCGUGAUGCCGACUGGCCUGAGCAAGUCAAGAAACUUACUCCCAAGGGUCGCGGUGUAGACAUUGUCUAUGAUCCCGUUGGACUUAUUGACAAGUCCAUGAAAUGCAUUGCCUGGAAUGGUAGACUGCUGGUGAUCGGCUUUGCCGGAGGACCCAUCGAGAAGAUCGCUACAAACCGUAUCUUGCUGAAAAACAUCAGUGUCGUUGGUUUGUUCUGGGGUGCGUUAAUCGAGAAACAACCCGAGAUCGAGACUCAAGUUUGGGAUGGCAUCUUCAAGUUGGUCAAAGAGGGGAAGUAUAGGGGCACUACCUUUACUGACAAGGAAUAUGUUGGGCUGGAGAGUGUACCUGCUGCACUAAAUGUGUUGGGUGGAAGAGAUAGCUGGGGAAAAGUCAUAGUCAAGGUGCCGCAAGAUGGAGCAAGUAAGUUGUAAGAUCAUUUUGAGUGUGGUUAGCAAGGAAAGCAGUAACUACUUCAAUGAAACUUACAACUUUUCAAAUUCAA